CGAGACAAAAACACAGCACUGAAGAGACAUAUUCAAACUAAACAUACCAAUAUUUAUAUUCUGUGAAAGAAUGAUACUUCUGUUUUCGACCUUCUGCAGUUUAUUCUUCCUCAUAUCGUUUCUAUACCUUCAGUGAUUAAGUCCGAUUAAAUGCUUUAAAAUUCCGCAAUACAAAACGCGCAAUUAUAAUGGCAGACCAGCAAUUAAGAGGCAACAAGAUCCGAGUAUUCAAGGUCCGAGUUCGUCAAUAUCUGCGUAAACAUUACAAACCAUCAAAAUCGGAUUAUUUGGCAAUUUGCAAAUAUUGUUUGUCAGUAAUAAAUUAUGGAACAAACUAUUCUUCAUUACACAAGCACUUGACCAUGCACCAUCCGGAAGUAUUAACAGAAGAACAGAAGACAGAACAUAACAUUCAUUGGGCAUGGGAUUAUUUUACUCUAACAUCAGAUGGCGAUGCAAAGUGCAAUAUGUGUAAAAAAAUAUUUCCAGCUUAUGAUGCCCAUAGAUUAGGGAUUCAUCUUAAAGUACACAGGAAGAAAAAUAAAAUCUUCGAUCCAGACGAAGUUAUUUACGAAGAUACUUAUAGGUAUGGCACAAGUGCCAGUGCAAGCGGCAGUAUGAUUGUGGAGGAUGCGGAAUAUCAGGAAGCUUCAAUACCAAUGGCUUCUAAUUUGACCGAUGACACGGAUAGAAUAUGUGUUCCUAACGAAUCCGCAACGAAGACUUCAGAAACAUCAGAAUAUGUUGCGAGUCCUCUUGAAAAUAUUGAUAUAACUAUAGAUAAUAUAAAACUUCCCGCCGAAUUAAAGCCGUUAUCCGAUACAGAAGAAGUUGCCGAUAGAGAAGAACUUUCCUCCUUUGGAGAAGAAUAUUUGAUUUGAAAAGAACUUGCGAAACAGGAGAACUUCUAGAAUCACUUGACCAACAAUCAUCUGACAUUCAUAAUUACUCUCUUGAUCCUGAGGGCCAAAUUACCUAUGAUCUUCCAGAAAAAGAAUAAUUGAUACUGCGUUAUAGUAUAUACAAAUCUAUUUCUUAAUGAGAUCUUAAUUUCAAAAAACGAACUCUGAAGGAAAUUGCUAUUUUACUGAUAAAAUAUGACGCAUUGACUAAUUCUUAUA